GGGCGGGGAUUCCUUGCUAACUACAAACUAAAGGCUCCGGUGUGUGGGUACUUUUGGUUUGGGUGCAGAAGAGUGGUGCAACUGCUACAAACACCAAGUGUUAAAACCAUCACUCUGCCUUCAGGAAGGGAUUUGCUCAGACAGUAUCAGGAUGGCACAGUGGUACGACCUGCAGCAAAUUGACACCAAAUUCCUGGAGCAAGUUCACCAAUUGUACGAUGAUAGCUUUCCCAUGGAAAUAAGGCAGUAUUUGGCUCAGUGGUUGGAAGCUCAGGACUGGGAACAUGCUGCAAACAAUGUCUCCUUAGCCACAAUAUUGUUUCAUGGGCUGCUGUCUCAGCUGGAUGAUCAGUAUAGCAGAUUUUCCGUGGAAAACAACUUUUUAUUACAGCAGCACAACAUGAGGAAAAGUAAGCGCAACCUUCAGGAUCUUUUUCAAGAAGACCCAGUGCAAAUGGCAAUGAUCAUCUACAACUGUUUAAGAGAAGAAAGUAAAAUUUUAGCGAAUGCCCGUGCGUCUAACAAGAAUCAAGUUGGCAGCACACAAACCGUAAUGCUUGACAAGCAGAAGGAGCUGGAUAAGAAAGUAACAGAUGUCCGCAAUAGAGCUAAUGAAGUAGAGCAAGAUGUCAAGGUUUUAGAAGACCUACAAGAUGAAUAUGACUUCAAAAAUAAAACGGUGCAAAGCAGAGAACAUGAACACAACGGCCUUGCACAAAAUGAACUAAAGAAAGAAAAAAUGUUGUUAAACAAUAUGCAUAUUGGCGUUCUUCUGAAAAGAAAGGCAAUUAUUCAGAACAUAGCAGAGUUAAUGACUGUAACUGAUCACACACAAAGUGAUCUAAUUAACAAAGAGCUGGUUGAGUGGAAGCACAGACAACAGAUAGCAUGCAUCGGAGGCCCGCCUAAUGCUUGCCUUGAUCAGCUGCAGAGCUGGUUUACCACGAUUGCUAAAAGUUUACUGCAAGUGCGCCAACAGCUAAAGAAGUUAGAGGAACUUGAACAAAAGCUCACGUAUGACGGUGACCCCAUUACACGUAACAAGCAAGCCCUCCAAGAACGGACACAGAGUCUAUUUAAGCAGCUCUUACAAAGCUCAUUUGUGGUUGAACGACAGCCUUGCAUGCCUACGCAUCCUCAGAGGCCUCUGGUUUUAAAGACUGCAGUCCAGUUUACUGUAAAGUUAAGACUUUUGGUGAAACUACAAGAACUGAAUUACCAGUUAAAAGUUAAAGCCUUGUUUGAUAAAGAUGUAAAUGAAAAGAACACAGUAAAAGGGUUUCGUAAAUUUAACAUAUUAGGAACACACACCAAAGUAAUGAACAUGGAGGAAUCUACAAAUGGAAGUUUAGCAGCGGAAUUCAGACAUCUGCAACUAAAAGAGCAGAAGAAUACAGGAAACAGAACUAAUGAGGGGCCGCUUAUUGUUACAGAAGAACUUCACUGUCUAAGUUUUGAGACACAGCUAUGUCAGCCUGGAUUAGUAGUUGAUCUUGAGACGUCAUCACUUCCUAUUGUGGUUAUAUCCAAUGUCAGCCAGCUUCCCAGUGGAUGGGCCUCCAUACUGUGGUACAACAUGCUCACUUCUGAGACAAAGAAUGUUUCAUUUUUUCUGAACCCACCAGCGGCCAGAUGGCCACUUCUAUCUGAUGUUCUCAGUUGGCAGUUCUCUUCGGCAACUAAGAGAGGACUUAAUGCAGACCAACUGAGCAUGUUGGGAGAGAAACUCUUAGGUCCUAACGCAAGUAGUGGAGAUGAUCUAAUUCCAUGGACCAGAUUCUGCAAGGAAACUAUGAAUGAUAAGAAUUUCCCCUUUUGGCUUUGGAUUGAAGGCAUCUUGGAGCUCAUAAAAAAACAUCUUUUAUGUCUGUGGAAUGAUGGAUGUAUUGUUGGAUUCAUUGGCAAAGAAAAGGAGCGUUCCCUGCUAAAAGAGAAGGCUCCUGGGACAUUUUUAUUGAGAUUCAGUGAAAGCAGCAGAGAAGGAGCCAUCACUUUCACUUGGGUAGAGAGACCACAAAAUGAGCCCCUCUUUCAUUCUGUGGAACCUUAUACAAAAAGAGAACUUUCUGCUGUGACAUUUCCAGACAUUAUUCGGAACUAUAAAGUGAUGGCAGCUGAAAAUAUUCCAGAAAACCCUCUUAGAUUCCUGUAUCCAGACACCCCAAAGGACUUGGCAUUUGGAAAAUAUUAUUCACGGCCAACGGAAGCAGAUGAACCAAUGGACCUUGAUGGACCCAAAGGAACAGGAUAUAUUAAAACAGAACUUAUUUCAGUGUCUGAAGUACAUCCCUCCAGACUUCAAACAACAGAAUUCCUUUUGCCGAUGUCCCCUGAUGAGUAUGCAGAGGUCGCAAGGCUUAUGGGACCGGCUGAGUUUGACACUGUGAUGUCUUCUUACAACAGCUAAAGACAACCCGAGACGUGAGCUCUUGCUUCUUUGUUGCAGCUGGAGAAAUUGACUGCUCUUCACUGGUUGAAUCGCAUCAAAGUACCUCGCUGUUAUUAUGUACGAGAACUCAUCUACUUACUUCAACUCAUAAUAAUGUUUAUUCAAUGUCUUUAACUGUUUGUGUACAUAAGCCACCAAAUAUACAGAGCUGAUAAAAAUCCA